UUGUAAUUUGUAUGUGACACCCAACAGACGCAAAUACAACAAAUGCCCGACCAAGAGAUUCACUCUGUUGAUCAGUUUCCUCUCUCUCUCUCUCUCUCUCUCUCUCUCUCCCCAAAUGUUCAAAUUUCUCUCUCAUCACUGCAAAGGCUUAACCCCCUCCCGCCUCAAGACCCUUCUCCUCCUCUUCUCCACCCUCUGCAACCUCUACCUCCUCCUCCGCCACCACCCUCCCCGUACUCCGCCCCUCCUCCUCCACCCUUGUCCACAACCACUGCCCCUGCCCUCGCCGCCGCCGCCCACCGCUCUGCGCCACAUCCUCUUCUCUAUCGCCGCCUCUUCCUCCUCCCUCCCCCGCCGCGCCGCCUUCCUCCGUCUCUGGUACUCCCCCAACUCCACCCGCGCAUUCCUCUUCCUGGAUCGCCCCGCACCCGAUUCGGACCCCUCCCUGCCCCCCACCCGCAUCUCCGGCGACACCUCCCGCUUCCCCUAUACCUUCCCCCGCGGCCUCCGCUCUGCCAUACGCGUCGCCCGCGUCGUCCAGGAGGCCGUCGCCCUCAACGAGCCUGAUGUCCGGUGGUUCGUGUUCGGCGACGACGAUACCCUGUUUUUCCCCGCGAAUUUGGAGAAAACUCUGUCCAAGUACGAUCAUAAUCGGUGGUAUUACGUCGGCGCGAAUUCGGAGAACUACGAGCAGAACGAGAAAUAUUCGUUUGACAUGGCGUUUGGCGGGGGAGGGUUUGCUAUAAGCCGUUCGCUGGGCGUAGUGCUUGCUAGGGUUUUGGAUUCGUGUCUGGUUAGGUACUCUCAUUUGUACGGAAGUGACUCUAGGGUUUAUUCCUGUUUGGCAGAGCUUGGCGUAGGAUUGACACGCGAAUCUGGUUUUCAUCAGGUUGAUAUUCGCGGAAAUUUGUUCGGAAUGUUGUCUGCACAUCCAUUAUCACCUUUGUUGUCUCUUCAUCAUUUGGAUUCUGUGGAUCCAAUCUUUCCUAACAUGAACAAGACCGAAGCUGUGGAACAUCUUUUUAAAGCUGUAGAUGUUGAUCCCGCAAGGAUUUUGCAGCAGACUGUCUGCUAUGACCUUACAAACUCGUUGACUAUUUCAGUUGCUUGGGGUUAUGCUGUUCAGGUGUUUGAAGGCAAUCAACUUCUUCCAGAUCUCCUCCCACUGCAAAGAACCUUUAUGCCAUGGAAGAGAGGUAGGAAUAUUAACUCUAGCCACUUUAUGUUUAACACGAGGGAAUAUCCUAGAGAUCCAUGCAAAAGACCUGCUGUUUUCUUUUUGGAAAAUGUUGUUUCUGAUGCAAAUGGGGUCAGGAGCAACUAUGCUAAGCACAUUGUUGGAAGUUGUUUAAAAGUCGGUGUAGCGCAACAUUGGGAAACAAUAAGUGUGUUUGCCCAGAAGCUAGAGCUUGAUGUUGAAGAGCUGAAGGCUCCACGGCGUCAGUGCUGCUCUGUUACACCUUCUCCAAAUGAUUCCAUAUUUAUUAAAAUUCGAAACUGCAGAGAUGAUGAACUUAUUGCUAUGCAUUCAUAACCAUUUCCUGUGAAUUGCCAUCGCAUGGAAAAAGUAGUCAGUUUUCUGAAUUCCAGAGUGUAAAUUAUAGGUAGUUCCGUUUUCUGCAAAACAUAUGGAGUCUGAUAUUUGUCUCUUCUGUAGCGAACACAUGCCUGCCUGACAUAUUUUCUUCUGAAAUAAUAUAUGUAUAAAGAUUAAUUUGUUCAAGUAAGUCCACUUGAGCUAAGCUGAGCUAAACUCUUGUGCACUUGAGUCAGUUUUGUUCAAACUCGAGUUCAAAUUUGAAUUUGAUUUGAAAAGUUUGUUUGAAUUCAACUUGAUCGGAAGUUCAAAAGGCUCAAGUUCGAUCCAUUUAGUGUUACUAUUUCAAACUUUAUGAUGAAAUAAAUGAUAAUUAUAUUUUGGUGUGCACAAUGUUGACAAGCUCGUGAGCUAAAUUUGAAUUCAAGCUCAAAAAUUUUUGAGUUCAACUGAUCUUUCAUUGAGCUGACUUUGAACUUGUUUGCAUAGUGCCUAAUUCACUGCAGCCCUGGUUCUUUGUCUGUGCAGGCAAAAAGCCCAGCUGCCUGAUUAUCGAUGAGGUUCUUACAGUCAUUGUUCCUCUGUUUCUUUUUUUUUUUUUUCCUCAGGGCAAAAGAGCUUGCUUGAAGCAGAUGUAUUUUUUAUGCGCGAGAGUACUAUUUAAUAUUUGUUUUUUAGUCGACUAGCCAAGUCAGAGGACAUCUCCAGGACAUUUGAUGAGAGCAGAGACGUGGGAAUCUGUUUCUACCUUCUUGUUAACUUUUCCUUUUUUCUUUUUCAUUUACUUUUGUCAUCCUGAUUAACUUGACAGAGCAGAGACAUGGAUAGGGAAUGCUAAUUACAUGUCUGAAAGGAGCAGAUAAUCAAAGGUCACUGAUGUUGAAAAUUUGAAGGUCGGGUAUAUAUUGUAAGCCAACCCAAAAAAAGAAAAGGGAAGAUGUUUUGUAUGGGUGUAUAUAUGAUUUUUCAGAAUCAAGUAACCCACGUUGGUAGAGGCGCCAUCUGACCUAAGGGAAAGCACUUUUGUAGCUGAGAUUUUUUAACAUUAUAAAAUCAUGUAGUUUGGAA